GUGAAGCCCCAUGGAACCAAGGAGUCCAUUGUCACAUUUUGGGGCCCCAUGGAAGCAAGGAGACCAGUGUGAGAGUGCAGGGCCUGGUGUAACCAAAGGGACAUUGUGACACUGAGGGGCCCCUUGGAACCAAAGACAUCUUUGCAGAUGACACCAAGCUGGAUGUGAGUGUGGAUGUGCUGGAGGGUAGGAGGGCUCUGCACAGGGCCCUGGACAGGCUGGAUCCAGGGCCCAAAUCCAACAAGGAGCACCUUGCCUACUGGAUUCCCAGAGGACAAGAGCUCCAUCAGCACCACUGGACCUUCAGAGGAAGACCAGACCCUUCUACAGGAUCACUGCUUUGACAGAAUCACGUUCAUCACUGCAACAGGACUGCAGCCACCAUUUCAUCAGACUGCUACCACCACCCUGCCCAACGGGGUGUCAGAACAGAAUUUCCCAUCCCCAAACCGUCGCCACAUGGAGGAGGAGGCUGCAAGGAUGAGGAAGGAACCCUGGGACACCCAGGCAGACCAGGAGCUGAGGAUGGAGACCAGGGAGGACAAAUCUCCAUGGCAGAACCUCGUGGAAGAGGCCUUUUUGAGCGGCUCCAUGGCACAGGAAUCCAACGGGGAGGAAAAUCCCCAGAGAUCCUACAGGAGGAGGGGCUCCAAGCCCAGCCCAGGGUGCUCUGAGGAGGAAAGACCCACCCUGGGCCAGGAAGGUGGACAGAGCUCCAACCAGAGCUCAGAGCUGGUGGUCCAUGAGCAGCUCCAUGAUGGGGAGAAGCCCCACAAGUGCUUGGAGUGUGGGAAGAGCUUCAGGCGGAGCAACAACCUGAUCUGCCACCAGAUGAUCCACACUGGGGAAUGGCCCUACGAGUGUGGGGAGUGUGGGAAGGGCUUCAGCUGCAGAUCCAACCUCAUCACCCACCAACGCAUCCACACAGGGGAGAGGCCCUACGAGUGUGGGGAAUGUGGGAAGAGCUUCAGCCGAAGGUCCUACUUGAUAAGCCACCAGAUCAUCCACACUGGGGAAAGGCCAUACAAAUGUGGGGAAUGUGGGAAGAGCUUCAGCCAAAGGUCCAAACUGAUCAUCCACCAAAUGGUCCACACUGGGGAGAGGCCCUACGAGUGUCCCGAGUGUCAGAAGAGCUUUCACACCAGCUCCAGUCUCCUUGUGCAUGAGCGGAUUCACACAGACGAGAGGCCCUUCCGCUGCCCUGACUGCAGGAAGGGUUUCAAGCACAACUCCACCCUUUUCAAGCACCAGCGCGUCCACACCGGGGUGAGGCCCUACGAGUGUGGGGAAUGUGGGAUGAGCUUCAGCCAGAGCUCAAGCCUGAUCUGCCACCAGAGGACCCACACUGGGGAGAGGCCCUAUGAGUGUCCCCAGUGUCUGAAGAGGUUUCACACCAGCUCCCAUCUCCUCCUGCACCAGCGGGUUCACACCGAGGAGAGGCCCUUCCUCUGCCCUGACUGCGGGAUGGGCUUCAAGCACAACUCCCACCUCAUCAGGCACCGGCGCGUCCACACCGGGGAGAGGCCCUACGAGUGUCCCCAGUGUGGGAAGAGCUUAAUCCAGAGCUCUGGAUUGACCCGACACCAACGGACCCACCGGUAAGGAAAGCCCUGCAAGUGCCCCAACUGCAGGAAGAGCUUUGUGCACUGCUCCAACUCCAUCCCCCAUGGGAGGACCCACGUU